CCUCUUUCUGGGCCAGAAUGGAGGAAGCGCUUCUGUGUCCCAGGGAGGGGGAAGAGGUAGAGGCGCUGGAGGUCGCCAUGGCUACCGAGCCGGUGGCGGUGGAGCCCACGGUGCCGUCACUAGUGGAUCGUUACUUCACUCGCUGGUACAAAGCGGAUGUCAAAGGAAAGCCCUGUGAGGACCACUGUAUAUUACAGCACUCUAACCGAAUAUGUGUCAUCACAUUGGCAGAAGCUCAUCCAGUUCUUCAAAGUGGAAAAACAAUUAAAAGCAUUUCCUAUCAAAUCAGUACCAACUGUAGCAGGCUUCAGAACAAGGUGUCUGGGAAAUUUAAACGGGGGGCACAGUUUCUAACAGAGCUUGCACCCCUGUGUAAGAUUUACUGCUCAGAUGGAGAAGAAUAUACUAUAUCUAGCUGUGUUCGAGGACGGUUGAUGGAAGUAAAUGAAAAUAUUCUCCAUAAGCCUUCUAUUCUUCAGGAGAAGCCGUCCACUGAAGGUUACAUCGCAGUUGUGUUGCCCAAAUUUGAAGAAAGUAAAAGCAUAACAGAAGGGUUACUGACACAAAAACAGUAUGAGGAAGUUGUGGUGAAACGCAUUGACGCCGUAACUGCUACAUCGUGAGGACUGAGGUGGAAUGAAAAGCAGUGUGGCGUUGGAUCGGUGCGCGGAAGCAGCCCCGGCAUUCGGCGAGAAGCGUACCUGACAGCCAGCCUUCUGCUCGGAAGCCUGCUUCCCAUUUUUGUCUUCAGCCUCCCAGGUCUGCCCCCUGCCGUGGACUCACGCACACUGCUAUUUCUUCUUUUCUAUAUUUCUAAAAACUGGAAAGCAAAAGGUGUCUGUUGGUUUUUUUUUUUAAUUAAAAACAAGCAAAACAGUUAGAGGAAAUUUAGAAAAGACAAAAGUUUUAAGUAACAAGUAAAAAUAACUUACCCAUCAUCCUAUAACUCAUUAGUAAAUACAUUUUGACAUACUUCUUGUAUGACCUACUUCAGAUUAAGAUUAAGAAUAUAUUUUAUUAAUUACAAGUACCAUACUUGUUUGAAUGUUACAUCAGGGUUCACUGGUUUUGCUCAAACUUCCAUCAGUUUGAAGGUAAGAGAAACAAGAGCUGGCCUUUCUUACCCCUUGUGCUUCCGUAUGACCCUACCAAAAAGUCUAGUCCCACCCCUCUGCCUUAAUUCCUCUCCAGGUCAUAGGGGAGAGGCAGCAUGUACAGUGAACCUUGUCUAACCUUCAUGCCGCUGGAUGGCCUUCCUCUGAAACAAAGUAGAACUGGAAUUCUGUCAUUCUUACAUGAGGGCCAGCACGAAAGGGCUUUGAAAUAUACAAAGGGCUUGACUUAAAAUACAAAGGGCUUUCCUAACUUGUGGGGUAUCAUAAUGUAGUACAUACAUUGUAAUGUAAUGAGCAAAGGACAAGGUACUGUAUUUCAAAGACACAAGCCUUUGAACAGAACAAAAGCUUUCAUAUCAUUUGAACUAAAAAAACUGAAUUUAUGAUUUAAGAUUGCAUGCUUAUGUUCUCUGAAUUUUAAAUAAGAGACUUUAAAAAUUGUUAUUUUUCUUUAAGGGCUGCAACGUGUACAUUUAAAUACCUGUUUUUAAAUAAAACAAUCGUUUAAUACAGAAGAAA